CUCCAUUUCUUAAUCUCACCCCCCAACCACCACUAGAGCCACACAAAUUUCUCUGUCAAACUUCAUCAUGGAAACUACGAUCCCGACCGGCACCGCUUCUUCGUCAGCUGUUAGCACUACUCCUCUAGGGGCGGCUGCUUCUUUGGCGGCUCCUCUCUCAAUAAAUGCUCCUACGGUCUUGACGACUCGUCCGACUACUCCUCUGGCGGCAACGGGGAUUGCCCCGCAGAGGAAUGUCCUCGGUACUACUGCUGCUUCUGCCGUGCAGCCGAAUGUAGAGCAAAACCUAGCUGCUCGUUUCUUGGCGAACGGGCGAUCUUCUCGUUCGCCGACGGUUGGAGCUAGCAGCCACAGGUCGGACGACACUGAGCUGAGCAAGAGAAUUCUAGAAACUCAUGAAUCUGAUGACCGUGCUCUUCCUGUGAAGCCUGUUCUUCGCAUCAUUGAUGUCAUUUUUUACCGUGCAAAUGUUGACCUCCCUGGAUACGUCAUGGAAAGAGAUAAUACUGCAGAUGAGAAGGUCCUGUAUUCCGCAGGUAGCCUCCAGGACUUUGUGGAAAUUCCAUCCAGGAUUACCAGUGCAAUUUCCUGUGAGAUAUUCAGCAAAUGCUCGACUGGAGUGGACGUGCACACAAUAGUAAUGGACAUAUUGCGUUUGAUCAAACACUACAGCUGGGACUCAAAGGCGGUGUUGGCCUUGACUUCAUUUGCAGUGACCUUUGGUGAGUUUCGGAUUGUCCUUCAGCUUUACUCCACCAGCCCACUCGCGAAGUCCAUCGCUCUCCUCAAGCAACUGCCGGAGAUAUUGGAGCACGCCGCGGACCUGAGACCGAAGCUCAAUGAACUCUACUCUCUCAUCAACGAAAUAACUGAUGUGACCAAGAAAAUUGUGGAGUUCUAUGACAUUCCUCGAGUCUACUUCACUGCCGAAUCCCCUGAAAUUUUAGCCGCCAUUCAACACAUCCCGACCGCUGUUUACUGGAGCAUCCGGAGCAUUGUGGUCGCCGCUACACAAAUCUUGGCCCUCACUGGCAUGGGCAUUGAUUACUUAACCGAAACAUGGGAGCUAUCAUCCCUUUCCCAUAAGCUCAACAACAUCAAAGGGCAUCUUGCGGACAUAAUAAAACGCUGUUAUGAAUUCAUUGAGAGGAAGAAAGAAGAAGAAGCUUAUGAGAUGAUUGUACGCACUUUUACAACAUCUCACAUUGACAACUCGAGGCCUCUUAGGGUUUUGUUCAAGGAUGAUCCAACUCCAGCAAUCUACGAUUGCUUCAACAGAAGAAAGGUUACGAUUGAGGAACUGAGAAGAAAGGUUGUAGCUCUAUUCAUCACCGCAAUAGACCCCGAACUCUCAGGUACAGCUGAAUAUGCGAUCUUACAACAAAUGUACUCCGAGAAGAAACACAACCUGACAAGGUCCGAGAGUCAGUACGAGGUAGUUUGGGUCCCGGUCGCGGAUAUCUGGACCGACGAAAAGUACAGGCUGUUCGAGACCCUAAGAGACCAGAUGGAAUGGCACUCGGUGCACCAUCCUUCGGUGGUGUCAGCGGUGGUCCGCAGGUUCUUCAGAGAGAAGUGGAACUUCUCCAAGAAGCCUCUGCUUGUGGUUAUGGACACUCAAGGAAGAAUUGUUCACCACAAUGCUAUCCACAUGAUGUGUAUCUGGGGAAGCUUAUCGUACCCUUUCACUGCCAACAGAGAGAAAUUGCUUUGGGAGGAAACGAACUGGACCAUUGACCUUCUCGCCGACAACCUUGAGCCAAAUAUGAUUUCAUGGAUUAACGAAGGGAGAUACAUUUGCUUGUACGGAGGGGAGGACAUGGAGUGGAUCAGGAAAUUCACAAGGAUCGCAAAAGAUGUCGCACGGGAAUCUGGGAUCACUCUGGAAUUACUCUACGUGGGGAAGAACAAGGCAAAGGAGAGGAUCACCAAGAACAUCAUUGACCUUAUCACCAAAGAGAGUCUGAGCAGAAGUCUCGACUGGAACCUUAUUUGGUACUUCUGGCUCCGCUUGGAGAGCAUGUGGAACUCCAAGGGACAGUUCGCCAAUCCCGAGAACGUGAAGAACGACCUCAUCAUGCAAGGCAUCAUCGCCAUGCUCAGCUACGGCUCCAGCGACCAAGGUUUCGCGGUGAUCAGCCGUGGAUUUGGCCAGAUGGCGAAGGGCAACGGGGACCACAUGUUCAAGGGCUUGGCCGAGCACGGCCGGUGGAGGAAGAGGGAGACGGAGAUCAGUUUCGUGCCUGCGCUCGACGAGUACCUCCGCAAGAUCCACCUCGACGCGCCGCAUCACUGCCCCAGCCUCAUCUUGCCGGGCACCGGGGCCAUGCCGGAUACCGUGGCGUGCGCCGAGUGUGGACGCUUGAUGGAGAAGUACACCAUGUUCCGCUGCUGCCUUGACUGAUAUCAGAGCAAAUUGCUAUGGCGCCUUAUCUCUAUCAUAAUUAAAUAAAAAGAAAAUGAGAUGGUUUAUUUUGUUGUUUUUGUGAUGUGGUUAUAUAUGCCCUACUUAUGUAUUGCCUUUGGCUUUUUGUGAGAACCAUGCACUACCUGUUGGCUGUUGCUUCGGCUACGACACACAUACAUAUUUAUUAUACUGCAUGAUUUUACUAAA